AUGGCUGCUUUUACACUCUACGGCGCUCGUGGCUCGACAAAUACUGAUAGAGUCCGCCUGACACUUGCCGAAGGUGGCUUUAAAGAUUACGAAUUUGUCCUCCUUGACCUCGCAAAAGGACAACAAAAGUCACCUGAUCAUUUUAAGCGUCACCCAUGGGGAAAAGUCCCAGCAAUUGAAUUCUCCAAUGGCUUCACCCUCUACGAAAGCCGCGCGAUAUGCAAAUACUUGUCAAAGAAAUACAACUUCCCUCUCCUCCCUUCAAAGUCCGAUAUUGAAGGCACAGCACUCUUUGAACAAGCCCAAUCAGUAGAGAUGCAAUACUUUGCGGAGCCUGCAGGUCGCAUUGCUUUUGAAAGAUUUGCCAAGAAGUUUAUCGGUCUACCUCCGAACGAACAAGUUGUUACGGAUGCUCUGAAGGCUGUCGAAGCAUUUUUUAAUGUGGCAGAGAAGCUUCUAUCGAAUAGAGACUAUAUGGUCGGGGAUAAGUUUACGCUAGUGGAUAUUUACUACGUGCCUUUGGUUCAGAGACUGUUUGUAUACCCUGUCGCCAAGGUUGCCAAGGCCUGGCUCGAAAAUUGGUUCAUGCAAUAUCACGAGAUGUCACUUGAUAACCACGGCAAAUCACCAAAAAUCAUUGUGCUUAUCCGAUACUGA